UUGAUGGUACUGUUUUCAAUGUUAGCAGUGUGUUGUUGCCAACAUGCUGUAGACCACAAGGAUCACGGACACCACCAUGGGCAUCACCAUUAUUACGACUUAUUUUUUUAUAAAGAGAAGAUAUUCUGGUACUUUAUUUUUCUGGCAUUCAAAAUAAAAGCAGUCUUCGUUCUUGGUACGAUUUUCACAGUCAGUAUGGUAGCGGGCAAGGUGUUUGCGUUGGUCAAAUACAUUGAUUAUAUGAAAAAACAAGAAUACCAUCAUCAUGGAGAAAAAGUAGUUUAUAUUAAUGCCCAUGAUCAUCAUAGCCACCAUGAUUUUGGGGAUCAGUAUGGUGCGUUUUCAGCGCCUGCGGCCGUUUACCAAGGACGACUCAACGAAUAUCAUGGACAAACAGAUGGUUUAACAAAUGAACCACCGGUGCCCUCUGAAAAUAUCGACAAAAAACUCGUAAUCGCAUUGUCGCCUGGAGGCGGCUACUCGAAUAAUUACCGUCCGUUCCAAAUGGCUACCCACGGAAGAAGUUGGGAUAAUGAAAACGGCAUUGACUGGUACAGUCUGUUAUACGCAUUCAAGAAGAUGAUUCGAAGAUCAGACAUAUCCGAGACGGCAUUUCGAGAAAUGGGAAUAAAGACAGACAAUUGCAAGAAAAAAUUUGUUUGUGACGCAGAUAUUGUAACUAAACAGAGCAUUUUGUUAAAAGCGAUAUUUGAAGCUCUAAGCGACGAAAGCUACGAAAAAUAUAGAUCCGAAGAAAACGAGGGUGACUGCACAGUUCGAUAUUCUGAAUGUAUGGGUGGUAUAACAAUAUAAAUAAAUUAAUACCUACGAUCCACUUUGUCUGGUAUUGAAUGAUCAUACAUUGUGAUAUGAAUAUGUUGUAUAUUGUAUUUAUUUCAUUAUUUAUUUAUAAAUAGAUAUUUGUUCAGUAUU